AUGGACGCCGCCGCAACCACCAUGGCGCCCCGGAAACUGGUGGUGCUCUACCCUUCACCGGGCAUGGGCCACAUUGUCUCCAUGAUCGAGCUCGGGAAGAUCUUCGUCGCCCGCGGCCUCGCGGUCAGCAUUGUGGUCAUCGAUCUUCCGCACAACACCGGCUCAAGCGCAACAGGGCCCUUCCUCGCCGGGGUCACCGCUGCCAAUCCCUGUAUCUCCUUCCAUCGUCUCCCGCAGGUCAAGCUCCCACACGUGGAAUCCAGGCACAUCGAAACGUUAAACUUCGAGGUCGCCCGCGCGGCAAAUCCGCAUCUGCGUGAUUUCCUUGUCAGCAUCUCCCCGGACAUAUUCAUUGCCGAUUUUUUCUGCCAUGUCGCCCGCCACGUCGCCUCCGAGCUCGGCAUUCCCGUAUAUUUCUUCUUCACCUCCGGCGCCGAGGUCCUGGCUGUCCUUCUGCAUCUCCCGGUCAUGCACUCUAAGACCACUGCAAACUUCCAGGACAUGGGUGAGGAGCUCGUGCAUGUCCCUGGAAUUCCCUCAUUUCCGGCGUCGCACGCCAUGCUGCCAAUCUUGGACCGUGAUGACGCAGCCUACAUGGCAUUCGUGAACGUGUGCAGCGACAUGUGCCGCUCCCAGGGCAUCAUCGCCAACACCUUCCGCUCGCUCGAGCCGCGGGCCAUCGAGGCCAUCGUGGCCGGGCUUUGCACACCUGUUGGACUCCCGAUCCCUCCAGUCUACUGCAUCGGGCCGCUGAUAAAGUCAGAGGAGCUGGGUGUGAAGCGUGGCGAUGAGUGCAUCGCAUGGCUGGACACACAGCCCAAGGACAGCGUGGUGUUCCUCUGCUUCGGCAGCCUCGGCCGGUUCAGCGUGAAGCAGAUCAGAGAGGUGGCGCUCGGGCUAGAGGCAAGCGGGCAGCGUUUCCUUUGGGUCGUAAAGAGCCCUCCCAACGAUGACCCAACCAAGAAGUUCGAGAAUCCUUCGGAGCCAGACCUCGUCGCCCUCCUCUCAGAGGGCUUCCUAGACAGGACCAAGGACACGGGCUUGGUCGUCAAGUCGUGGGCGCCGCAGCGUGAUGUGCUGAUGCACGACGCGGUGGGUGGCUUCGUGACGCACUGUGGUUGGAACUCAGUACUGGAGUCGAUCAUGGCGGGGGUGCCGAUGCUGGCGUGGCCGCUUUACGCGGAGCAACGUAUGAACAGGGUGUUCCUUGAGAAGGAGCUUGGGCUAGCAGUCGCAGUGGAAGGAUACGACAAGGAGGUGGUCGAGGCCGGGGAGGUGGCAGCGAAGGUGAAGUGGAUGAUGGACUCUGAUGGAGGGAGGGUGAGCAGGGAGCGUACGCAGGCGGCGAUGCGCCAGGCGAAGAAGGCGAUAAGCCAGGGCGGGGAGUCAGAGAAGACGCUGACGGGAUUAGUGGAAGCCUGGAUACUUGCUUGAUGUUGGUGGGCUCGGCUAAGCUGAGAUCUAAUGAGUGAUGAUCCACA